AUGACCUGGCUAUUGUAUGACCAACCAAAAUCGUCGAGUUUUGCUAACCUUGUGAGUGGUUUUGAGACAAGAGAUGAGCGCUAUUGGUCGUUGACACAACGAUGCAGGCUGGAGAGUUUAACGCGCGGGCGCCUAUGUCAAUACGGACUUGGCGGGGGCGGGCCCUACGGACAGUAUAGAACAGACAACUCGACAUACCGGCCAAACGAUCAAGACAGGCAAGUUGUAACGACAUCUGCUCGCUCUGUCUCCGAUUCUGCCAUUGCCUCGCGUGUUCCUGCGGUUCAGCUAAUUGUUCAAACUCAAGGUGGUCGGCUGUUCCAUAGACGGAACAGGAGAUCCUAUAAGGCCUGCCCCGUCCAGAGCUCUGCCACCAGACGGAAACCUGCAGGGCACGUGGCCUCUGCUCUGGCUUGCAAACCCGAGACAGUAUCUGCUUCUUCCCUCACCCCUUUUGUCGCUCUCUCUCUCGCUCUAACUCUUUCUCCCGAGUUCGCUCUUUGUGCUUCAUAUUAA